AUGCCUGAAAUAAACAACAAUACUAUAGAAAUUACUGGUAUAGGAAACGACUCUGUUAGAUCCCUUGGUCACAUCCCAAUUGAAUUUUGUUCCUACCAAGAUAACUUCUAUGUACUUUCAGCGUUUGAUUUUUCGUAUAAUGGAAUCAUCGGUAGCGACUUCCUUAUGAAAUUAAAUUGCAAAAUUAAUUAUGAUAACAACACCUUAAAAGUAAAUAAAGAUGAAAUAGAGCUUUGUUUCACUAAGCCAGUCUAUACUUUUGCACCUCGAUGUGAAACUAUCAUAGAGUGUUCUGUAAGAAAUCCGGACAUUAAAGAAGGACUUGUUCUCGAUCAGAACCCCGUAGACUCGCUCCUGCAUCCUGCAAUCGCUAACUGCAUCGUAAAAGUGAAAUCAAAUUCAAGAAUUAAUAUCUCCGUUGUAACAUCAUCAGUGGAUGCGGCAGUUUUAAAAGCCUUUGAAGGGCAAACUAUCAAAGAUAUCGCAAAUAACUUUGCAAUGGGAUUUGAUAACGCUGUAAAAAACAUAAUUCAAACCUGUAACUCGAAUUUGUUAAGUCCCAACGGUUCACAAAAUAACGUCCUUACUCGCACCGAUCAAACUCUAAAUCUCUUAAGAUUGUCACACCUAAACAAAGAAGAGAAAGAAGCACUAUGCGAUCUUUGCUGUACUUACUCCGAUAUUUUUCAUCUGCCUGGCGACAAAUUAACUUACACAAACGUCUUGCAACACGAAAUUCCUACCUCGUCUUCCAUACCAAUCAACACUAAAUCUUACCGCUUCCCUGACGUUCAUAAACCAGAAGUAGAACGCCAAAUAAAUAAAAUGCUUGACGAUGGCAUCAUCAAACCCUCGACAUCAUCCUGGUCAUCACCAAUUUGGAUAGUUACAAAGAAAAUCGAUGCGUCCGGGCAACGUAAAUGGCGCGUAGUCAUAGAUUACCGCCAUCUAAACGACAUCACUAUGGGCGAUUCCUAUCCGAUACCCAACAAAACAGAAAUUCUUGAUCAGUUAGAGAAAUGUAAAUACUUUAGCACUUUAGAUCUUGCUUCUGGUUUCCACCAGAUAAGAAUGUCCGAAAAGAACGCUUCUAAAACUGCCUUCUGUGUCUCGCAAAAACACUUUGAAUUUACAAGGAUGGCUUUUGGGCUAAAAAGCGCCCCUUCAACAUUCCAAAGGUUGAUGAACACUGCCCUAUCUGGCCUGCAAGGACUCCAGUGCUUCGUCUACCUAGAUGAUAUCAUUAUUUACUUAUAUGAUCUUCAAGCACACAUAAAUAAUCUUUCCAGGGUCUUUGACAGACUCCGACACUUCAAUCUUAAGCUCCAACCAGAUAAGUGCGUAUUUCUCCGAAAGAAAGUAUCAUAUCUUGGUCAUAUCAUUACCAACGAGAGGGUAAAGCCAAAUCAAGAGAAAACCAAAGCUGAUCAACAAUUUCCCCAACCUCGAUGUCCAAAAGAUAUCAAAUCUUUCAUGGGAUUAGUGUCAUACUAUCCAAGAUUUAUACCAAAUCUGUCCAAAAUCGCAAAACCUUUUACAAACCUUCUGAAGAAAAAUGUUCCUUUCGAUUGUCAAAAUGAGCAACAACUAGCCUUCGAAACUCUAAAAAAUUGUUUGACUACUGCUCCAAUAUUAGCCAACCCAGACUUCACAAAGCCUCUCGUGUUGAAUUGUGAUGCAUCAAAUUUUGCUAUUUCGGCCAUAUUAUCACAAGGUCCUAUAGGGAAUGAUAGAUCUGUCGCUUAUGCUUCAAGAACUUUAAAUAAAGCCGCGUGUAACUACAGUAUAACAGAAAAGGAAUGCUUAGCAAUUCUUUUCGGCACUAAAGUAUUUAGACCAUACCUAUAUGGCCGUCGUUUUAAAAUUAUUACGGAUCACCGCCCACUUAAGUGGUUAUUUAACUGCAAAGACCCGGGGUAA